CGGGAAGCCGAGCCGCCGAGCCGCGAUGCCAUGGCGCCAUGACAGACGUAGGGCUGUGCUCGGAGAAGGAGCGAUGGCUCAAUGAGGUCCCCAAGGAUCAAGCGGACGAGCUUUGGCCCCCGCCAGUGUGGCCUGGGCACUUCUGUCGGAGGUCCUUUCUCCAACUUCGAGAUUCCUCUGGGCUCUCAGCCCAGCAGCCGCCCUACAGUUUUGCAGUGCGCUAUGACCUGCGUCCGCUCUCCAAGCAGAUGUCAGGCGUCUCGGCCUAUUUGAUGCUGAUGGACGGGGAGUCGCUGCGGCGCAUCGGCAAAGGCUCAGGGCUGGACCUGGUGGCCGCUGCCAAGUCGUGGAUCGCGCGGCAUGCGCUGUGUGCCCCGCCACAGUUGUUGGCCCGGGACGCGGAUGGGAAACUCACGGGGGAAGUGGUGGCCCAGCCGGAUCCCCAUCUGUAUGGCAACGGUGAAGGCGUCCUGCUGAUGUCCGUGGUGCUGACGGCGGAUCUGAAAGACUGGAGGGAUUGGCGGCCCGUUGGGGACCUGAUGAGCUAUCGCUUGGGAAGUCCUCCUGUGCAGUGUGGUCUCUGUGGAAUGGCCGUGGCGCAACGAGACCUGCUGGCGCAUCAGAAGGAAUGUCUGGAGGUGAUGAUCCCUUGCCCUCGCUGUGGGAAGAGGGUGCUGAUCCGGGAGCUCUCAGCACAUCAGAAGGGCCGGGACUGCCUCAGUCAGCUGGUGAUGUCAACCCAGACGGAGGACUUGGAAACCGAAGACGUGGGAUCUCAGUGCGUGACCCCUGCCCUGCUGCCCGUGGCUGUCCAGACCAGUUAUGCCUCGGCAUUGCUUGCCCCGAGCAUCCGCGCAGAAGAGGCGGUGCCAGCUCUGGUGCCCUCCCUGGCGAUCCGCUGGCAGGCGCCACCCAGCCAGGUGCGGCAGAUGCUAACAGAAUAUCAGCUGACUGUGAGUGAAUUCAUGGGUGGCGAUGAGCGCUGGAAACACUUGCGUGUGGAGCUGCUGGACAUUGAGCGCCUGGAGAAGCUAUCAGGGUUGUCCAACGGCGAGCUGCGACACGAGCUCACCAACUUGCGGCCUGGGACCAAGUAUCGAUUGGAGCUUCAGCUGCGAGCGGUGGACGGAUGCCUCGGCCCCAAGGCACAAGUGACGCUCCACACGCUGAGUCGCCUGGCAGGCUUCGAGGGCUUGUCGGAAGAUGAGCGGCUGCAUUUGGCCAGUGCCAUGGUUCCGGAAGGUCCGGCCCAAAGGCCCGAAUCCUUGAGCGUCAGGGAACAAGCCACACAAGCUGGGCCUGGCUUUGUUACAGGUGCCUGCAAGAGCGAAAUCAGCCGAGAGGUUGGGGUCCAAGCGUUUCCGAAAAUCUUUACAGAGACCGCCUGCCAAAUUGACCCACUGGUGGCCAUCCAAAAAGACACGGCCAGCGGACCGGAAUGGCCCUUGCUCUCCCAUUGUGCUGUGCAAUGCAAGGCCGGUAGUCGGGAGUCGUCCAGCCAGUGCGAAGUGAAGUUGUCGGACUGUUCCUGUCAGGCGCAAUUUCCAGCACGGCCUUACACGGGGGACCAGAAGGCAGAACUGGAGAUGGAUUUGCAAUCAGGAGUUCCAGGUUGGAGGGAAGUGCUGCAGCAGACAGGCUUCAGCCAGUUGCUGCGCCUUCUGCUGGUCGUGAUGGGUAACGCCACGGCGUUGGCAGGGAUCCUCCUGGCAGAUUUGGUGCCCCAGGAGAUGUGGCCCAUGCUGGCCAGCCUCAUCGUUUUGCUGCCCUUCAAUGCUCUGGAGCUCCUCUUCUUCCAGACCUUUCCGCCCAGCCGCCGCUCCAGCACCAAGCUGCGGAUCUGGCGAUGGCGGCAUCCCAACACGAACAUGUUGAUUCAGGCCGCAGUCGUGACGAUCUCGCCCGACGCGUUGCAUUUUUACCGUGCGCCCAUGCAGCCUGGAGGUCGCCGCUUUACUGGCGUGGUGGGCCCUCAGCCAGAGAGCCCUGUGCGGAAGGUGCCGGGUACCACGGAGCUGUGUGCUGCGAAGUGCCCGAUGUGUAGCCAGCUGUCGCCCAUUCCUCGGAUGGGUGACUUGUGGCGGAGCAGCCGUUUCCUGCUUUAUUGCCACCUCCCCCAGCUGGUUCUGGCCAUCUUACUGCUGCUUCGCCGCAUCGACCUGGGUCUGGUGUCAGAGCUGGAUGUGGGGCGUGUGGCGUUGCACGGCUUCACGGUGUUGGCGCAUGGCAUCUGCAUUCUGUGGAUCGUGGGGCACUGGUUGCAGUACCGCUUUCGCCGAAAAUCGCAGAAGCUCAAGGUUUCAGACCUCAUCGCGGAGCCCUAA